AUUGUAUUUAUUUACCUAUGAUAUAUGUAUGAUAUAUUAUAUGGAUAUGGGCUGCAUUUUCCUUGACUUCUCCCAACCACAAUAAAAAGGAAUAUCCCAAAGCUCUCGAAACGAAAUAUAGCUAGCUAGCAAUCUAAGCUCAUCUCUUUUGCUCUCUCAAUUGCUCUAUAACUCACACGCAACUCUACUGCUCUCUACCAUACCUUGCCACAUCACACUAUUGCUAUUUAACAGCGCUUUGCUGCACAAUAACGGAGAAAAGCCAUUGGGAUUGUAAUACGAUAUUAUUAGCCUUUGGGGAAAUCAGGAAAUAAUCCACCCCCCGGCCUGCUUUUUAUAUAUACUUUCAAUUCAGACAAUUCAACUUACCUUCCUCGCUUAUAUACAUCUAUCACUACUAAAUUCAAACACUUGUCAAAAUCAGCAGAGCCAAACCAAACCAAACCAAAUCAAGCCACCAAAAAGACAGCAAUCAUGACUCGCGGAAACGUCGGUAUCUACAAAGUCUUCUACAAAGGCGACAACGAUGACUUCCUCGUCUUCAUCGACGAUGUGCAGGCGCUGAAGAAGUGGAAAUCGGACAGCUCGACCCCGAUGGCGCAGGUCGUGAGUGGGUUUCAGGUGUUUAUUACGCAUCGACAAGGCGCCCAGGGCAUCCAUGACGUUGCCAGCAAUGCCAUUCUGCACGCUGAGUUCGGGACGGAGGAUAAGGUUGCGUGCAUCAAGAAGAUCUUGGAGGCGGGUGAGGUGCAGGAGUCGGAGAAUCCCCAACGUUUCGGAUCAAAGAAUGACUCCAUGGGUCCACGCGUUAACCACUAGUGGGUAAUGGUUUUGGGAGAAAAAAAAAAUUCACUUCGCCCUUCAAAUCUGGAAGAGUAACACAGACAAAGACCAGAUUCACCGUGGGUUAAAUAAAUAAGAGAAUUCGACGAGAUUGGAGAGUGGAAGGGGACUUUUUUGACUCCAUUCUCGGGCUAGCUGUGUUAUGAUAUAAUUUGUUUAGCUUUUUUUCUUCCCUUUUUUCAUGAAGCGUUAUGUGUAUGUAUAAAAAUUAUAUAUAUAUAUAUAUAUAUAUAUA